AUGGCAUGCGUCGUAAUAGGCGCCAUUAUCACCGGCAUGCUCUCGGUCGUUUCGGGGACUCCUGGUGAGGUCCAUCACAUCGGUUUCACGGUCGUUUCACGGGUUACCUGGGGCCUGCGUGGCGGAUUAUUCCCUGUAGCCUUGCGUACAUUCACGUCUAUCUGGUGGUUCGGCAUCCAGUCGUAUUGGGGCGGUAUGGCCGUUGCGCUCAUCCUCGGUGGCCUCUCGCCAUCCUUCAAGCAUAUGUAUAACCCGAUCCCAGAGAGCUCGCACAUCACCAUUCAGAACCUCAUCGGCGUCAUCAUCUGGUAUAUCCUGUACAUUCCCCUCGUCCUCGUGCCCCCCGAGAGGCUGCAGCGGCCUUUCGUCAUCUCGUCGAUCGCGUUCGGAGCUACCCUCAUUGGCCUUCUCGCAUGGGCGGUUCCCACAGCUGGAGGCGGUGGCCCGCUCUUCCACACCCAGAACACGGCACCCAGCACAUCGUACUCGAUGAUGCUAGGCAUCACGUCUAUUCUCUCUGCAUGGGGUGCAGGUACCAUUGGCCAGAGCGACUGGGUCCGCUACUCGCAGCGCCGCUACUACCCGAUGCUGUCGCAGCUGGUAGCCGCUCCUCUCAUGAUCACGUUAUGUGCCCUCGUUGGCGUUGUCGUCACGAGUUCCAGCUACCAGAUCCUCGGCACGCUGUACUGGUCGCCGAUCGAGCUCCUUGGUGCCAUCCAGGAACACUACAACUCGUCCCCAGGCGUACGUGCGGCGGUCAUCUUCGCAGGCAUCGGGUGCACAUGUGCCCAGCUGUCCAUCAACGUCCUCCUGAACUCGGUCUCGACAGGCAUGGACAUGGCUGGUCUCUGGCCAAAGUACAUCAACAUUAGGCGCGGCGCGUACCUCCUCGCAGCGUUCGGCCUGGCGUCCAACCCAUGGCAGAUUCUCGCCUCCGCCACAACGUUCCUCAGCGUCAUCUCCUUCUUGGGUGUGUUCACGGCCCCCAUGACCGGCCUGCUGCUGGCCGACUACCUCGUCGUGCGCCGACACCGCGUCAAGAUCCCCGACCUCUACAACGGCACACCAUCCAGUAUCUACUGGUUCUGGCAUGGCAUCCACUGGCGGGCGGUGGUGGCGUUCCUUGUGAGCGUGUGGGUAUUCUGGCCCGGCUUCAUCAUGACGAUGAAGGACCCCAAGGCGGACAAUGGCUGGGUCAAGCUGUUCAACAUCUCGUUCCUUGUCGGGCUGGGUUUGGGCUUUGUUAUCUACCUCGCCAUCUGCGUGGUCUCGCCCCCACCGCACUACAAGGAGGGCGACCCGUACCUGGACGACGACCUUUACUGCAAAAACGUCAGCGCCGUAGCCCCUACGGACGGUGUCGAGGACGGCAAGCACGAUGAGAACGUCACAGUUGUGCCGGUUGCGUAG